AUGAAAACUUCAUUUAAAUUUUCGCCUGAAACUACAAUUAUUGGUGAUAAUGCUUUUUCUGAGUGCCAUCUUAGUGGUACAUUCACUAUUUCAAAAAAUAUUGCAACAACAGACGAUGGAUUUUUAAUUGGAAUUAGAGUUGACAAAAUUUAUCUUGAAAAAGAGUCAAAACUUACAACUAUAGUUAAUUGGAUAUGGGCUACAUCUCUUAAAUAUGUUUUUCUAACGAAAAGAGUAAAUUCAAUCACUGAAUCUGCUUUUUAUAGCUGCCAUUCAUUAACUACCAUCGAAUUUGAGGAAGGGUCAGAAUUGACAUCUAUAAAUUCAUAUGCAUUUUCAGAAACAAAUCUUAGUAAUUUCACUUUUCCUCCAAAAUGUACAAGUGUUGGUUAUAGUAUAUUUAAUCUCGACAGUUCUCUGAAUUAUGUCUAUAUUCCUGCAUCACUAACAAAUAUUGAUACAAAUACCUUCACAGGUUCACCAAACAUUCAGAAGAUAGAAAUCGACAGGAACAAUCCAAUGUAUACAGUUAUUUCAUCUGCAACUCUAAUGUCAAAGGAUAGAACAAAGUUUCUAUAUGUUUCUCCUUCUGAAACAUCAUUUACUAUUCCUUCUUCAGUGAGUGAAUUUGGUAAGACAAUGUUUCAAUCAUGCCAAUUUCUUACAUCGAUUGAUGUUGAAUCAUUUAGCACUACAUUCUCAGCAGAAGGAGGAAUUGUUUACAACAAAGAUUUCAGUACAGCAAUUGCGUGUAUUGGAGGUAUAACAUCAAUUACACUUAACUCACGAUGUCAACAUAUCGGUGACUUCUGUCUCUACAAAUGUACCAAAAUUAAUUCCGUACGACUUAACAAUGGACUUCUCACACUCGGAAAUAGUGCAUUUUAUUCGGAUAAUUUCACAUAUCUUGAUGUUCCAUCAUCUGUAAAAACUAUUGAUCCAUCCACUGUUUUCUGUGGAUCUUCUACGCGACACACACCAUCCAACACAUGUAGCGACAUCAUCGAAACAAACAUCGACUUUGCCAUCGGAAUUCAACACCAGAUUAAGAACAAUGUUAAAGCACAAGCAUCACUCUUCUUCAUUUACGAAAUCUCUAUUGGAUUCUGGUGA